AUGGAUCCCGUGCUCGUGAUCGGAGGCUGUGGCUGCCAGUUUGUUUCCGAUGUCACCGUAUUCGAUAUCAACACCUCAUCCAAUCACAUCGACAGUGCCAAAUACAUCGAAGGCAGUCUUUCCUCUUACCAAGACAUCCGCUCCGCUCUUCAACAAGUCAAACCGCGCGUCAUAUUCAACACCGCCUCACCGAAAAUGUUCGGCCAAAGAAACCUCCGCGAACGAUAUGCCGAAAACAUCCACGGCACACGAUUCUUUCUAGACUGCAUCAAAGAAAUCGAAGCCGUAAAAGCCCUCAUAUACACAUCAAGCUCAUCAGUAGUCCACGACAACACCACUGAUCUACUCAACGCCACCGAAAAUCUACCACUCUGUUUCGAGCCCCAGCAGAAAGAAUACUACACCCACACCAAAGCCGCAGCAGAACAACUGGUCCUUACAUCCAACGGUUCGCACGGCCUCUUGACAGCCGCAGUCCGCGCAGCGAUGCUCUUUGGAGAGCGCGACUUGACGACCACACCGAAUAUAGUAGAAAACGCCCUUCGCGGCCGCGGGAAAUUCCAGAUUGGGGAUGGGACGAAUCUCGUUGAUUUUACUUAUGUGGGAAGUACGGCUUAUGCGCAUAUCCUCGCCGCGAAAGCAUUGUUGCGGGAAUCUGCGGCAACGGAACCGAUUCCGGAAGAUAUUAGGGUUAAUGGAGAGGCGUUUGUGAUUACGAACGAUGAACCGUGGCCGUUUUGGGAGUUUACGAGAGCGAUGGGUGCUGCGGCGGGGUUUCCGGUUAGGAAGGAGGAUGUUUGGGUAGUGUCAGUUUCUUUGUAUUAUUGGGUUGUGGUGUUUUUGGAGUGGGUGAUUUGGGGACUUAGUUUUGGGAGGAGGGAGGCGGGGGUUAAGAGGGGGAUGGUUAAGUACCUUACUAUGACGAGGACGUUUGGUGUUGGGAAGGCGAAGAGGAGAUUAGGGUAUCGGCCGCGGGUUGGUAUGGAGGAGGGGAUUAGGAGGGCGGUUGAGUCAUAUCUUGAGCGAGAAGGGGAUGGGAAGAAGACGAUGUAG